AUGGAGGCGAUCGCCAGUCAGAUGGGAAAUGGGAGAGAUGCAAGCUCCUCCCCAAAUUCAAAGCAAGAGCUGCAGCCGUACCAGGGCUCCAAUACCCUCAAGCCCAACCAAGUGGGUGAGACCUCCCUGUACGGCGUGCCCAUCGUGUCCCUGGUCAUCGACGGGCAGGAGCGGCUGUGCCUGGCGCAGAUCUCCAACACGCUGCUCAAGAACUACAGCUACAAUGAGAUCCACAACCGGCGCGUGGCCCUGGGCAUCACCUGCGUGCAGUGCACGCCGGUGCAGCUGGAGAUCCUGCGGCGGGCCGGGGCCAUGCCCAUCUCCUCCCGCCGCUGCGGCAUGAUCACCAAGAGGGAGGCGGAGCGGCUCUGCAAGUCCUUCCUGGGCGAGCACAAGCCGCCCAAGCUGCCCGAGAACUUCGCCUUCGACGUGGUGCACGAGUGCGCCUGGGGCUCCCGGGGCAGCUUCAUCCCGGCGCGCUACAACAGCUCCCGCGCCAAGUGCAUCAAGUGCAGCUACUGCAGCAUGUACUUCUCGCCCAACAAGUUCAUCUUCCACUCCCACCGCACCCCGGACUCCAAGUACACCCAGCCCGACGCCGCCAACUUCAACUCCUGGCGCCGCCACCUCAAGCUCAGCGACAAGACGGCCACGGAGGAGCUGUCGCACGCCUGGGAGGAUGUCAAGGCCAUGUUCAACGGCGGCACCCGCAAGCGGACCUUCUCCCUGCAAGGGGCGGCCGCCGGCGGGCCCGGGGCCGGCUCCCCCGCCGCCAAGGCCGCCCUGCACCCGGCGCCGCCCGCCGGCCCCGAGCUGGCCCCGGCGCACAAGAGCCUCCGGUGCAGCGGGCAGGAGGCGGCGGGCGAGCGCGGCGCGCUGGGGCUGGCGGCGGCGGCGGCGCACGGCGGGGCCGCGGGCGCGCACGGCGGGGCGGGCGCGGUGCGCAGCUACCCGGUGAUCCCGGUGCCCAGCAAGGGCUUCGGGAUGCUGCAGAAGCUGCCGCCGCCGCUCUUCCCGCACCCCUACGGCUUCCCCGCCGCCGCGUUCGGACUGUGCCCCAAGAAGCAGGAGGAGGCGCUGGGCGGCGCGGGGGGCGGCGAGGCGGGUAAGGGCGGCGCGCUGCCCCCCGGCAUGUUCUGGGGACCCCCGCACCCCCACCCGCACCAGCCGGCCCAGCCGCCGCACCAGCCCGGCGCCGCCAAGGACACCGGCGUGUACCCCUCGUUCCCCGUGUUCUGGCCGGCCGCCGGCAGCCUGCCCGUGCCGCCCUACCCCGCGCAGAGCCCGGCCAAGGCGGCCGCCACCGCCGUGGUGGUGGCGGCGGCGGCAGCGGCGGCGGCGGCGGCGGCCGAGCCGGCGGGGCUGGCGGGGCGGCACGGGGAGCUGGAGGGCUCGGAGCCCUCGGGCAGCGGCCGCAGCAGCGCCACCCCGCAGGAGGGCGCGGGCGCCGAGGGCGAGCGCUGCCCCAGCGCCCUGUCGCGGGCGGCGGGCGAGGAGGAGCGCUCCGGGGACGAGGCGCUGCUGGCCCCGCUGCCGCUGCCCAGGAAGGGCAGUUACCUGUCCGCCUUCCGCCCGGUGGUGAAGGACGCCGAGAGCAUCGCCAAGCUCUACGGCACCCGCGAGGCGUUCGGCGGCGCGGGCCCCCGCGGCCCCGGCUACCUCUCGCCGGACUUCCUCAGCGAGGGCAGCUCCAGCUACCGCUCGCUGUCCCCCGGCGGCGACACGGCCGAGGAGCCCGAGGUGGACGUGGAGUCCAACCGCUUCCCGGAGGACGAGGAGGAGGAGGCCGCCGCCGUGCCCGCCGUGGCCCCCGCCGAGGGCCGGGAGCCGCCGCCGCCGCGGCUGCUGGCCGGGCCCGAGGAGCCGCCGCCGCCCGCCGGGGCCGAGGGGCCCGAGGAGAAGCCGGGCGAGGCGGGGGCGCAGGAGGGCGGCCCGGCCCCCGACGGCAGCCCCGAGCGCAGCGGCAGCAGCGGCGCCUACGAGGUGUUCGCGGCCGAGAGGGGGGAGCUCCUGCAGCCGCUGAAGCCCGCAGCCUCCCUGGGAGCCCCCGCCGCCUUCCUCUGCACCCCCGAGGCCAAGGAGCAAGAUAAAGAAGACAAUCACUCCGCGGCGGAGGAUUUAGAGAGCAGAAAAUCCUAUCAGGACCAAAGGAAUGUCUCUCAUCCCAGCCCUGUAAAUACUGACAGAGGCGAGGAAGGGCUCGCCAUGGAUGUCACGGGCACGCAGCUGGUGGAGAAGGACAUCGAGAACCUGGCCCGAGAUGAGUUACAAAAACUGGUCCUGGAGCAAAUGGAGCUGAGGAAAAAACUGGAGAGGGACUUCCAGAGCCUGAAAGAUAACUUCCAGGACCAGAUGAAGCGGGAGCUGGCGUACCGGGAGGAGAUGGUGCAGCAGCUGCAGAUCGUGCGAGACACGCUGUGCAACGAGCUGGACCAGGAGCGGAAAGCGCGCUACGCCAUCCAGCAGAAGCUGAAAGAGGCUCACGACGCGCUGCACCACUUCUCCUGCAAGAUGCUGACCCCGCGGCACUGCACCGGGAACUGCUCCUUCAAGCCGCCGCUGCUGCCCCAGUGAGCCCCCCGGGCCCCCACCCCGAAGCCAUGCGGGCAGAGCCCACA